AUGGAUGGGUACAAGCUUUGGUACUCAGGGAGUGAGAGGCGUCGGAAUGGUGUCGGUAUCUUAGUGGAUGAGGACCUUAGAGGACAGGUGGGCUUGGAAGAGGAGGUGAAUGGUUUUGGUAUCUUAGUGGAUAAGGAUCUUAGAGGAUAUCUAGUGGAGGUUAAGAGGUGUUUAUACACCGCAGGUGGGCUUAGGAGAUUUUGGGAAGAUUUGGAUACGAUGGUGAGAAACGUACCUAGCUUAGAGAAGAUGGCCAUAGCAGGGGAUUUCAAUAGGCACAUUGGGGUCCUACCGGAAGGCUAUGAUGAUGUGUAUGGUGUUUUUGGUUUCGGUGUUAGAAAUAGUGAGGGUGCUGCUCUGUUGGAUUUUGCGAGGGCCUUCGGGAUGGCAGUAGUGAAUUUAAGCUUUUCGAAGAAGGAGGAUCAAUUGAUUACCUUCCGAAGCGCGAUAACCAAGACUCAGAUUGACUUUCUGUUGCUUAGGAAGGGGGAUAGGGUGUUAUGUAAGGAAUGUAAAGUCAUUUUGAGUGAGCACCUUUUGACCCAGCACAGGCUGCUUGUGAUGGACUUAUCUAUCAAGAAGUGCAAGAAGAGAAGGGCCGGGAAGGGUCGACCUAAAAUUAAGUAG